CGUGCGUCCUCUCCGAAUGUUGCCGAGCGCGUCGCGGAAAUCGCCGAGGGCCCGCCGCCAUCUUGAGUGCUGAGGAGAGCGCUUGUGAGGAGGCUGCGGCGGAGGAGGCGUCCUGGGUCGUUAAGGCCGGACCGGGUUCCCGCCCGCCUCCCACACCGGGCCAAAGAGAAGGAGGUAACGGGAGCAAGGUCGGACAAAAGGGCCUCCGCGGUGCUUUCCGUCCCGUUUCCCGGACCGAAGGGAGGCGCGUAGCACCUUCUUUCCAGCACCAUGUUGCGACUCCCUGCUGUCCACAAGGCCUUAGCUGGUGCCACUCAGAUUACUAAAGGAUGUGUGCGUGCAACAGCUACAGCAGCCAGCAACCUGAUAGAGGUUUUCGUUGAUGGGAAUUCUGUAUUGGUACCUCCAGGAACCACAGUACUACAGGCCUGUGAGAAGGUUGGAAUGCAGAUCCCUCGAUUUUGCUAUCAUGACAGAUUGUCAGUGGCUGGAAAUUGUAGGAUGUGUCUGGUGGAGAUAGAGAAAGCUCCCAAGCCAGUAGCUGCUUGUGCCAUGCCAGUAAUGAAGGGUUGGAACAUUCUGACAAAUUCUGAGAAGUCUAGGAAAGCAAGAGAAGGCGUAAUGGAGUUCUUGUUGGCAAACCAUCCACUGGACUGCCCCAUCUGUGAUCAGGGAGGCGAAUGUGACCUUCAGGACCAGUCAAUGAUGUUUGGCAGUGAUAGGAGCAGAUUCCUAGAAGGCAAACGUGCAGUGGAAGACAAGAACCUCGGCCCACUAGUGAAAACUAUCAUGACCCGGUGCAUACAAUGUACUCGAUGCAUUAGGUUUGCAAGUGAGAUUGCAGGAGUUGAUGAUCUAGGAACCACAGGAAGAGGAAAUGAGAUGCAAGUUGGCACUUAUAUUGAGAAAAUGUUCAUGUCAGAGUUAUCCGGCAAUGUGAUUGAUAUCUGCCCAGUAGGUGCCCUUACCUCCAAGCCGUAUGCUUUUACAUCUCGACCCUGGGAGACAAGGAAGACAGAAUCCAUUGAUGUUCUUGAUGCAGUAGGGAGUAACAUUGUGGUAAGCACUCGAACUGGAGAAGUGAUGAGGAUUUUGCCAAGACUACAUGAAGAUAUCAAUGAGGAAUGGAUAUCCGAUAAAACAAGAUUUGCUUAUGAUGGUUUGAAACGUCAGCGUCUUAUUGAGCCAAUGAUAAAGAAUGAAGAAGGGCUGUUCACUUACGUGUCUUGGGAAGAGGCCUUGAGCCGUGUGGCAGGAGUGCUUCAGGGGAGCCAAGGUAAUGAUAUAGCUGCAAUUGCAGGAGGACUUGUGGAUGCAGAAGCACUUGUAUCUCUUAAAGACUUGCUGAAUAGAGUAAAUUCUGACAACCUGUGUACUGAAGAGGUCUUCCCUACUGCAGGAGCUGGAACAGACCUGCGAUCUAAUUACUUGCUUAAUACCAAGAUUGCAGGAGUGGAAGAGGCAGAUGUCUUGCUCCUGGUUGGUACCAAUCCACGCUUUGAGGCACCUCUCUUCAACGCCAGAAUCCGAAAGAGCUGGCUACACAAUGAACUUAAAGUGGCUCUUGUGGGCAGCCCAGUUGACUUGACUUACACAUAUGAUCACCUGGGAGAUUCCCCACAGAUACUCCUGGACAUUGCUUCAGAAAAACACCCAUUCAGCAAGGUCCUGAACCAGGCUAAAAAGCCAAUGGUCGUGGUUGGCAGUGCAGCACUUCAGCGUGGUGAUGGGGCAGCCAUUCAUGCAGCCAUUUCCACCAUUGCACAAAAUGCAAGUACAAAAAGUGGAGCUGAUCCCAGCUGGAAAGUCAUGAACAUUCUUCAUAGGGUUGCAAGCCAAGUAGCUGCCUUGACCUAGGGCUACAACCAGCGAGUGGAUGCGAUCCGGAACCCUCCUAAAGUGCUGUACCUUUUAGGGGCUGAUGGCAGGCUGUGUUUACUCGGCAGAUUUUGCCCUCAGAAUUGCAUUAUCAUUUAUAGGGGGCACCAUGGUGACGUAGGCGCUCCUAUGGCUGAUGUUAUUCUUCCAGGAGCAGCUUAUACAGAAAAGGCUGCAACAUACGUGAACACUGAAGGUAGAGCUCAACAAACAAGAGUAGCCGUAACACCACCUGGCAUGGCAAGAGAAGACUGGAGAAUAAUUAGAGCAAUCUCUGAGAUAGCUGGCAUGACCCUCCCCUAUGACACACUUGAUCAAGUGAGGAGCAGAUUAGAAGAAGUAUCUCCUAACUUGGUCAGAUAUGAUGAUGUGGAGGAAGCAAACUACUUUAGCCAAGCAAAUGAGCUGUCAAAGGCAGUUAAUCAGAAACUUCUUGGUGAUCCUCUUGUUCCACCCCAGCUCACAGUUAAAGACUUCUAUAUGACAGAUCCCAUUAGUAGAGCAUCACAGACAAUGGCUAAAUGUGUUAAAGCUGUUACCGAAGGGGCCAAGGCUAUUGAAGAACCCUCCAUCUGCUAAGGAAAUCCUAGAGUUACCAGUGUCGGAUCAGGCAUUCUUAUGACUUUUUUCCAAAAAUAAUAAUUUUGUGGUGUUCUAUUUAGGUUUCCACUUUCUUUAUGAAUGCGGGUGAAAGUUUAUUUAAAGCCAGCUGUCCGGUGUUCAUUUGCUAAUUAUGUUCAGCACAGCUUAAAUGUAUUUAGACGUACAUAUUAUGUAUACUGAUUGUGUACAAACAUGAUGUAAAAUUAAAGCAGUUUUACAUAUGUAA